CUUCCGCUCGGACCCAUGAACCAGCCCGGCGGCGCGGUGGCUCCGCAGGCUGACGGAGCCAGUACAGCUGGAAGGAAAAGCACUGCGAGCAGGGAGCGCUUGAAGAGAAGCCAGAAGAGCACCAAGGUGGAGGGGCCGGAGCCCGCCGUGACUGAGGCCUCCCUGAGUGCCGAGCAGGGGACCAUGACAGAGGUGAAGGUGAAGACGGAGCUGCCAGAUGACUACAUCCAGGAGGUGAUCUGGCAGGGUGAGGCCAAGGAGGAGAAUAAGGCUGUGAGCAAGGAUGGCACCGGGGACGUGCCUGCCGAGAUCUGUGUGGUCAUCGGGGGUGUGCGCAACCAGCAGACCCUGGGGUCCUACGAAUGCGGGAUCUGUGGCAAGAAGUACAAGUAUUACAACUGUUUUCAGACACAUGUGCGGGCACACCGAGACACAGAAGCCACAUCGGGGGAGGGAGCCAUCCAAGGCAACAAUUUCAGGUACACGUGUGACAUUUGCGGCAAGAAGUACAAGUAUUACAGCUGUUUCCAGGAGCACCGGGACCUACACGCUGUGGAUGUAUUCAGCGUGGAAGGGGCCCCCGAGAACCGGGCAGACCCCUUCGACCAAGGUGUGGUGGCCUCUGAUGAGGUGAAGGAGGAACCCCCGGAACCUUUCCAGAAAAUUGGGCCAAUGAACAGUAUUACAUCAGAAAUUUUUAAGAAGAAAGAAGUUAGGCAGUGCCAAAAGAGAGAAACCGGCAAUUACACAUGUGAAUUCUGCGGCAAGCAGUACAAGUACUACACGCCCUACCAGGAGCACGUGGCCUUACAUGCUCCCAUCAGUACCGCCCCCGGGUGGGAGCCAGCGGAGGAUGCAGACACGGGCUCUGAGUGCUCACAUCCAGAGGUCUCCCCGUCUCCACGCUUCGUGGCUGCCAAGACCCAGACGAACCAGUCGGGGAAAAAAGCUCCUCCGGCCUCCGUGGUGCGAUGCGCCACCCUCUUACACCGAACCCCUCCAGCCACCCAAACCCAGACGUUCCGCACUCCAAAUUCAGGAUCUCCAGCAAGCAAGGCGACCGCAGCAGAAAGCGCCUUCAGUCGGAGAGUCGAAGGCAAAGCACAAAACCACUUUGAAGAGACCAACAGCUCCCAGAACUCCAGCGAGCCCUACACGUGUGGUGCAUGUGGGAUCCAGUUCCAGUUCUACAACAAUCUGCUGGAGCACAUGCAGUCCCAUGCAGCAGACAACGAAAACAACAUUGCAUCCAACCAGUCCCGAUCACCACCCGCUGUUGUGGAAGAGAAGUGGAAACCCCAGGCUCAGAGGAACAGCACCAACAACACCUCUGCAGGCUGUCUGACAUUCAACAGCACCAUCCCCGAGAAGGAGCGACAGAACAUUGCCGAGAGGUUAUUACGGGUCAUGUGUGCUGCCGACCUAGGUGCCCUGAGCGUGGUGAGUGGCAAAGAGUUCCUGAAGCUGGCCCAGACACUGGUGGACAGCGGUGCCCGUUAUGGGGCCUUCUCCGUCACCGAGAUCCUGGGCAACUUCAACACGCUGGCACUCAAGCAACUGCCUCGCAUGUACAACCAGGUGAAGGUAAAAGUGACGUGUGCCUUGGGCAGCAACGCUUGCUUGGGCAUCGGCGUCACCUGCCACUCGCAGAGUGUGGGCCCCGACUCCUGCUAUAUCCUCACGGCCUACCAGGCCGAGGGCAACCACAUCAAGAGCUACGUGCUGGGCGUGAAGGGGGCUGACAUUCGUGACAGCGGCGACCUGGUGCACCACUGGGUACAGAACGUGCUGUCGGAGUUUGUCAUGUCGGAGAUCAGGACCGUGUACGUGACCGACUGCCGGGUGAGCACCUCGGCCUUCUCCAAGGCUGGCAUGUGCCUCCGAUGCUCGGCCUGUGCCUUGAACUCAGUGGUGCAGAGUGUGCUGAGCAAGCGGACGCUGCAGGCCCGCAGCAUGCAUGAGGUCAUCGAGCUGCUCAAUGUCUGCGAGGACCUGGCGGGCUCCACAGGCCUGGCCAAGGAGACCUUUGGGUCCCUGGAGGAGACCUCACCACCCCCUUGCUGGAACUCAGUGACAGACUCGCUGCUGUUGGUGCAUGAGCGCUACGAGCAGAUCUGCGAGUUCUACAGCCGUGCCAAGAAGAUGAACCUCAUCCAGAGCCUCAACAAGCACCUGCUCAGCAACUUGGCUGCCAUCCUGACUCCGGUGAAGCAGGCGGUCAUCGAGUUGAGCAACGAGAGCCAACCCACACUCCAGCUGGUGCUGCCCACCUACGUCCGGCUGGAGAAGCUGUUCACGGCCAAGGCCAACGAUGCUGGCACGGUCAGCAAGCUGUGCCACCUGUUCCUCGAGGCGUUGAAGGAGAACUUCAAGGUGCAUCCAGCUCACAAGGUGGCCAUGAUCCUGGACCCCCAGCAGAAGCUGCGGCCUGUGCCUCCCUACCAGCAUGAGGAGAUCAUAGGCAACGUCUGCGAGCUCAUCAACGAAGUCAAAGACUCCUGGAGCGAGGAGGCCGAUUUUGAACCCACUGCCAAGAAACCCCGCUCGGCUUCGUGUGGGGACAACCCCACAGCAGCUCAGGACGAUGAUCAGCUGGGGAAGAAUGAGGUGUAUGACUACCUGCAGGAGCCCCUCUUCCAGGCCACCCCUGAUCUCUUCCAGUACUGGUCCUGCGUGACCCAAAAGCACACAAAACUCGCCAAGCUCGCUUUCUGGCUCCUGGCAGUCCCAGCCGUGGGGGCCCGAAGUGGGUGUGUAAAUAUGUGUGAGCAAGCCCUCCUCAUCAAGAGGAGGAGGCUUCUCAGUCCCGAAGACAUGAACAAACUCAUGUUUCUGAAAUCCAACAUGCUUUAAAAAGACUUUGCAAGGGAAGGGAAAGUGGAAACAAAAGAAAAAAAGGCAAAACAAAAAUAUGGAAAGAAGAGAGAGAUGAGCAUCUUUAGGGGAAAAUGGAAAAAGACAAAAAAAUAGACAAAAGAUAAUAAAUCUCAACACUGUUGCAAACCAAGAAAAGGAAUUUCUAAGUUCUAAACACUGUGGACCUCAUUCUAAAUGCCCCCCCUGGAAACUUAAGUGCUUUUUUUCUCAGUAUGCGUGUGU